CACAAGCUGCAUAUAGGUGUAUUUAAACAUGUAAGUAUGGCCAGUAACGCCUGCUGAAGUUGAAACCAAGCAUCAGAAUGGAGAAGAAAGGUGAUCUGCGUUCGUUGCUGUCAGGUGGUAUGCAAAAACAGCGCCCUUAGACAAUAGGAACUGAAAGUUAUUAUGGCAGAGAGGGAAAACGAACCUUAAGUGAGUGUGAGGGUGUGGAUCAGCUAAGGCAACUUAGCUGCUGCUGCUCGAGCAUCAUUUACCUUUCCAAGUUUAAAGACUUGAAGUGAAAAAGUCAUCACAAGGUAGGAAAGCUGAUAAAUAACUGAAAAGUCAUUUUCCCCCAGUGUGUGUGUUUUCUAAUGGACUACUUUGAAUUCUUUCAGACUACAGCCAACAUGGAUAUAACUAUCACUAUGCUGGGUGAGUCCCACACUCUGACCGUGAACCCACAGGACACAGUUGGCUCUCUGAAAAUAAAAAUCCAGGAGAAACUGGAAGUCGACCCUCAGACACAGAAACUGGAUUUUCUGAACGGUCAUCCCAACGAUGACUCCAAACCCAUCAGCUACUACGGCUUACAGCACGGCUCCCAGGUGUCCCUGCUGGUCACCGAGCCUCCUCCACCUGCUCCCAUCCAGGUGUUCCUCAGAAAUGAAAAGGGACAGAUGAGCACCUACGACAUCCAACCCGGCGAGACUGUGAGCAACUUCAAGAACAGAGUCGAGAAAAGAGAGGGGGUGCCAGCGAGCCAGCAGAGGCUCAUUCACCAAGGCCGGGAGAUGCAGGGUGGCAAACUGGAGGACUACAACGUCAGAAACCACAGCACCAUCGACAUGAUUUUGCGCCUGAGAGGAGGCUGAGGACU